AUGAAGGUGAAGUGGUGCAGAGAAAUAAAUGUUCAGGCCAGAAAAAUCGCUUUCGAGGAGAUAAGAAGAGAGGCUUUGAUGAGAAACAAAGUUCUACUGAAAGUCAGGGAUGAUGGCUACUACAACAAGUUGACUAAAGAAAAUCUUAAUAUAGAACUUAAGAAAAUACAUGAAGAAAUUAAUGAUAAUGUUGAGGAAAUGAGAGAAAAGCUUAACAAGUAUCAGCAUCAAAGGCACUGGCUUCUCUGGCAUGUUCAUUCCACAAUUGCAAAUUAUGGCCACAUGUUGUUUUGUUUUCCAGAACUUUAUGAUCCUGCCAUACAUGUGACGAGAGGGGAAAUGUUGGAGAAGACUGGGAAAGAUGUUGAUGUUCAAGCGACAGUAGAGGGGCCUCAACUGUACAUCUUAGGUCAGAGCAAGUCAACAGCUGAAGACCAGAUGAAAUGCAUUCUAUCACGCCAAGAAGAUCUCAGGGAUCUCAAGAACCCCACUGAGACAGAUUCAGGCAUUGAGGUGUGCGAUAUCAUGAGAUUCAUGAAUGGUGAUAACCCUGACACAGAAAUGGAAGAUGGAACCCAGCAUGGUGGAGACUAUGGAUGCCCAGGCUGUGAUGGCAACAUUAACUCCAGCUAUGACCUUCAAUACAAGAUCCAAAGAACAUACAAAACACUGGAAUGCAAAAGAAACCUAGUUCUUUCUAGACCUGCUGGAAGAAAAGGAAGAUUACACCUCUUUAAAAAUAUGAAAGUUGGUGAGCUGAAAGAAGAGUUAAAAGGGAGAGGAAGGUCUGGUGAAGGUAAAAGAAAGGAGCUGCAAAAAGAAUUAUCAGGCAUUCUGGGAAGAACAACAAGACUUCCAGCCUUACUGCACCCUGGUGAUGUCUCUGUGGAGGAACUUAACCUACAAAGAUAUGAAGUGCUGUUCUUUGAGGCUCUGCACUGCUCGAUGAAUCAUAUCAAGAAUGCGUUGCAAGAGCUACCACAUCACAUCACUGACAUUGACUCUCUCAUUAAACUAAAGUAA